UUGACAGAGCUCUGGGGAGUUCCGAGUCUGAGACUGAACUCUCCUUCCAAAAGUCUGAAACUUGAAAGCAGAGAUCGCAGUUCGCAAAUACACAGAACCGAAAAUCCGUGUCUAAAAAUGUCAACAGAGAGAGAACGGCAAGGUUCUCUGCCGUCAACAUCGCCGGAGGACAACGCACUGUUUUUGGAUAUCAUGCACGAGGCUCCGCUGUUCGGCCACCGGAAGUCGAGGAACCUCUUCGGAAGUGUUUUCUACUUAAUCAUACUCGCCGGUUACGCUGCCGUGGCCGUCGCGGCUCCGUGGAUAUUUCAGGCCAUAGACGAUUUGAUACCCCAGUUGCUCUGCAGCUGCAACGUCCUUCUUCUGGUAGUCACAGGCAUUUUUCAGCAGUAUCUGGUGUCCCAGGUUCAGAAAAUUCGCUUACAGGGUUAUUAUAGUUUCAGCCAGAAGUUGAAGCAUAUUGUUCGACUACCUUUUGCAGUUACUUCAUACGGAACUGCUGCGUUGUUACUUGUUAUGGUCUGGAGACCCCAUAUCAGUUUCCUUACUCUCCCAGCAAUAUUGAGGACUAUAAUGGUAAUUGAAGCAAUAUGUGCCGGAUCUUUUAUGAGUCUCAAUGUUGCUUAUAUUCACCAGUACAACUCAUUAAACUCCCAGCCUGAUGUCUUAAAGUCGUUAUAUUCUCCUCUUCAACCCUCGAGUUCUUUAGAAGGUUUGAGGUAUCAUGAUGCUGGUCGACUUUCUGAUCAGCAAAUGGCUUUGUUGCAAUAUCAGCGUGAAAACCUUCAUUUUUUGAGUGAAGAGAUCCUUCAGUUACAAGAGUGCUUAAGUAAAUACGAAAGGACUAAUGAUGGGAGCACACCUCAGGUGGACCUUGCCCAUCUGUUGGCAGCUCGUGAUCAGGAAUUACGGACGCUUUCCGCUGAGAUGAAUCAAUUACAGUCUGAGCUCAGGCUUGCUCGGUCUUUGAUAGCUGAGAGGGAUUCCGAAAUCCAGCAAGUCCAGACCACCAACAAUCAGUAUGUGGAGGAAAACGAAAGGUUGAGAGCCAUUUUAGGAGAAUGGAGUACACGAGCAGCAAAGCUUGAACGAGCACUGGAGGCGGAGCAGAUCUCCAAUCUUGAACUCCAAAAGAAGAUUCCGACGCUCAGAAGUCAAUCACAAUCGUCAGCUGAACCAAGCAAGUAGCUUUUCUGUAAUUCUCUUGCUUUCAUUUACUUUAGUUUGUAAAAGAAAAUCUAGGAGGAGAAAUAGAAAUGAAGCAUUACACAUGUACAUAACAAUAGACGUGAAGAAAGAAAUCUAUCAUUACCUAUAGUACUCAAAAUUGAACGAA